AUGACAACAGAAACAACAUCGCUAGACUUUAUCUCCAACGCAAUUGACUCUAAAGGGCCCUUGCAAUGGAAAGAGCCGCUACUAGUAGGUGUCAGCGGUCCACAGGGCUCGGGCAAAUCAUACCUCACAUCGCACUUGGCGUUGCAACUACAACGGAAAUACCCCAAUCUCAACAUUAUCCAGUUCCUGAUUGACGAUUUCUACCUCACGCGUGCAGACCAGGCGCAAUUGACACAGGAGUCGAAACUUGACGAUAACCAUUUGCUUCAAGGGCGAGGUUUGCCGGGAACGCACGAUUUGCCGCUUUUAACUCUGGUGCUCGACAGCUUGAUUUCAAACUACACCAACACAAGUUGGACACCGGUGCGUGUCCCGUUCUACGACAAAUCGGCGUACGGGGGGCUCGGGGAUCGAUCAACGACCGAUUAUCAGAACGUGUAUCGGCCUGCCGAUGUGAUCAUCUGCGAGGGUUGGUUUACCGGGUUCACUCCAGUUUCGGCCGACUUGACCAGGUUGAAAUAUCUUACACACUCUCCCGACUCAAUAGUUCAGAGACACAAAUUGUACCAGAUUGAAGAUAUAAAUGAGAGACUACGAGCAUAUGUGCCCAUAUGGCAGACGUUUGCCAUUUUCAUUGUGUUGAAAACGGAUUCGAUACUCGAUGUGUACGAAUGGAGACUAGAGCAAGAGCAUUGGUUGAUCCAAAUGAAGGGCGAAGGAAUGAACGAUGAGCAAGUGACACGGUUUAUCGAUCGGUAUAUGCCCGUUUACGAGCUUUACUACGACACCUUGUGCGAUAAAGGGUUGCCCGACUCAAAGUGUUUGAUUAUGGAGAUUGACAUCAAGAGGAAUAUGAAAAGUUACAAGUUUUUGUAG